AACAAAAGUCACUCAAUCAAACAACACAAAAGUCUCAGAAGCUCUCCAAGCAAAACAAAGCAACAACCCCAUCCAAACUUUUCGCGAUAAUCAUCGCCCAGACCUUCGAAGAUGCCCUCAUCAACAGGAAACGUCCUCCUCUACUUCCUCGCACUCUUCCUUCCACCCCUCGCAGUAUUCUUAAAAGUCGGAUGCGGCGCGGACUUUUUGAUCAACAUCUUGCUGUCGAUUUUGGGCUGGAUUCCUGGCGUGAUUCACGCUUGGUAUAUAAUUUCUAAGAAUGAGGUACCGCGGCCGAAGACGCCGUAGAUCACCGGUGGGGAGGGAACUGUGGGAAUUCUACCAGUGUACGAGUAGUGAGACAGAAGUAUGUUUAUGUUGGGGACAGGAUAGAAUUUUGAGGGUGUGUAGUGGAGUGUACAUUGCACUGGCUGUCUAUCAUGAUGCCUGACAG